AUAAGAGAAGUGCAUGUUAUUCUUAUUUUUCAUGGAAUUAUAUAAACUGAAAAGCGUCGUUUAAUUAAAUUAUCAGCAAUCAGUUUUACAAUAAUAUAGUCUUGUUUAAUUUUAUAUUCAGGAAGUAUGUAUUUAUUCAAAAUUCAUAGAAUAUAUCCAAAACUUGAAAAAUGUAUUGUACGCGGGUACUCUCAACCCGCAAUACUCGAUCAAAAUGAAUAUACUGAAAUACCUGAAUAUCCUGCUAUAGUAGAUACAUCACUCCAAGGCCGGAAAUUAAGAGAAAGAGAAAAACUUCAUGAAAAUAUUAGAAAUAUAAAUACAGUGGAGGAAAAACAGAUAGCUUUAAAUAUGCCACGCUAUUAUGGUUGGAAAUGUGUCAUGCUACAUGAAAAUAAAAUACCUUAUAAUGCUAUGCCAAUGAUACAGUGCUAUACAAGAAGUCAUUUUGUACCAAUAGACAAACUUCCUGAAGCUUACUCAGAAACAGCUUUGACAGCUGAUUCAGUAGUGAAAGAAAUAAAAAGUCUUAUUGAGGAUGCUAUUUGUAUAGAGCAUGAGGGGGUUGAACGUAACUUUGCUGUGACACCAGGAAACCCUUUAAAAUCACAAAAGUCAGAUGCUUUUGCUAAAGUUUUAACAAGACAAAUCAACAGGAUUAUUUCUAAUAACCUUGCAGAUAAAACUAGCCAUAAUUUAUCUGCUCAGGUUGAUUAUGAUGCCCGUCAUGAGGCAUUUUGGUUUGUUGGUGGAGUUGAUGUCCCAUUUAGUGUAAUCAAAUGGAGGCAAAAAUAUCCCUGGCUAAAGGAUCAUCUUCAUGAUCCUGUUGAUAGACCAGCACAAUAUUUAGGAACACCGUUUUUAGCAAUAAGAAGCCAGCUACCAUUAAAACCAAUUGUAGAGUACAGUGAGACAGAAAAGCCAGAAUACAAAGUACCUAAGUUUACAUAUAGACCUGAAACAAUAGGUUACUUUUCUGAAAACAGACAUGGAACAAAUAUUCCUGGUUAUUGGCCUGGUGAUCAUGAUGAGUUUGGAUUACUAUCUUUUCAUGGGCGUGGUCAUAUUCUAGACAGAAAUGUGUCAUUUGGUGCUGAAGAUAAUUUAGAAGCCUUAAAUUGUCAAGCUAUGUUAGCUAGCUUUGGUUGGCUUUUAGCUCAAGCUAAUUACCAGGGCUUCACUACUUAUAAUGAUCUGACUUAUCCCUUAGUAACUCAAACAGUUAUAACUGAUGGCCAAUUGUGGUCAUUUUAUGCCUACCAACUAAAUACAAUUGUUAUGCACAAUGAAAAAAUGGAUGAAAACCCCAAACAUAAUAUUUGUUUUGGUACUAAACCUUUGAAAUUAUAUGAAACAAUAGAAAAUGGGAGAGUUCAAGGUCUUAAUGAAGAUGUCCUAAAAAUAUUAGUACAAUUUUAUUUAAAUACACCAGAAGAGCGCGAGUAUGAUAUGAAACCAUAUUUGGGGAAAGAGGAGCAGGUAGUUGCUGAUAUUGAAGAUGACAAUAAACGAUGUUGGCUAGAAAAAAGAUACAAGCAUUUAGUUUCAAACAGACCUAAACAUUUGUUGUUACCUGAAAUAUAUUUAUGGGAAAGAAUCUAUAAAAUUCAACACAAAACUAGGUUCUUUGAAGCAAAACGAAGGCCAUUUGAAUUAGACAUUAAUCCAUUCAAAAGGCGUUUAGAUGAACAUCUUCCUCCAUACAUACCUAAAGCAGUCAGGCCAUAUCCAAAACAUAAACAGAAAUUUGAGACCACAUAUUAUCCUCGUGUGUAAGUUUUGUGUUAUUAUAGAUGUAGUACUAGAGUGUAAAUAAAUAAAUAUUACGUUUAUUGAA